AUGUCCGACAAAGUUCAUCUGAUGACUUCCCGCAGCUCCCACUACGAUCCCAGCAACUCCCACUACGACCACAUCGGCUCCCACUACAACCACAGCAGCUACCACUACAACCACAGCGGCUCCCACAACAACCACAUUGGCAGCUCCCACUACGACCACAGCAAUUCCAACUACAACCACAUCGGCUCCCACUACAACCACAGCGGCUCCGACCACAACCACAGCAACUCCCACUACAACCACAUCGGCUCCCACAACAACCACAGCAUCUCCCACUACAACCACAGCGGCUCCCACUACAAACACAGCGGCUCCCACUACAACCACAACUGCUCCCACUACAACCACUGCGGCUCCCACUUCAACCACAGCUGCUCCGACCACAACCACAGCUGCUCCCCCUACAAUCACUGCGGCUUCCACUACAACCACAGCGGCUCCCACUACAACCACACGGCUUACAACCACAGCUGCUCCCACCACAACCACAGCGGCUCCCACUACAACCACUGCGGCUCCCACUGCAACCACAGCAGCUCCCACAACAACCACAGCGGCUCCCACUACAACCACAGCUGCUCCCACUACAACCACACGGCUCCCACAACAACCACAGCGGCUCCCACCACAACCACAGCGCUGGCUACAACCCACUACAACCACAGCGGCUCCCACUACAACCACUGCGGCUCUCACUGCAACCACAGCAGCUCCCACUACAACCACAGCGGCUCCCACUACAACCACAGCGGCUCAAAUUACAACCACAACUGCUCCGACGACAACCACAGCUGCUCCCACUACAACCACAGCAGCUUCCACUUCAACCACAGCGGCUCCAGCUCCCACUACAACCACAGCAACUCCCACUACAACCACAUCGGCUCCCACUACAACCACAGCGGCUCCCACUACAACCACAGCUGCUCCCACUACAACCACAGCAGCUCCCACUACGACCACAGCAACUACAACUACAACCACAUCGGCUCCCACUACAACAACAGCGGCUCCGACCACAACCACAGCUGCUCCCACUACAACCACUGCGGCUCCCACUUCAACCACAGCUGCUCCUACCACAACCACAGCUGCUCCCACUACAACCACUGUGGCUCCCACUACAACCACAGCGGCUCCCACUACAACCACAGCGGCUCCCACUACAACCACAGCGGCUCCCACAACAACCACAUUGGCUCACACUACAACCGCUGCUGCUUCCACAACAACCACAGCUGA